AUGUUCCAGGUGCUCGUCGUUGGCGCCAGUGUAGGUGGUCUCGCAACCGCCGCCCAACUGCAACGACGAGGCGUGACUAACUUUCAGGUUAUUGAAGCAACGAACCGAUCGGCACGAGCGAGUGCCAGUCGAGCUGUGGGCCUCUGGACGAACGCCUGGCAAGUUCUGGACGCUCUGGGGAUCGCUGCUGCACUUCGCCAAGCGAGUCCGUGGAAUACGACAGAGUUCUGGGUCCAGGACCUGCCAACUGCAGACUUGACAGCGCAUGCGUGCCUGCGUCGUUUUGCACUCCCCAGGGGUCACGAGUUCCGCCGAGUUCCGCUUCAAGCGCUGACAGACGCGCUGGCUGCGUCCCUGCCUGCGGAGCACCUGCACUAUGGUAUGGAUAUGGAGCAAUGGCUCAGGCAGAGAGCGGCAGUCUCAGAGCCUGCUUCGACACCGGAGAUGGAUCGAGGUCGUGAGAAACUGGGGCUCUGGGAGUCACCAGCAUUCCCUCCAGACCUCUUUCUUGUUGGAGCCGAUGGUGCUCGCUCCGUCGUUCGCCAUCGACUAGUUGGAGACGACCGACCGCUACGCGAUGCGGGCUACGUAGCCCACACAGGCGUUGCGCAGCUUCCGUUGCCUGGAUGCAACGCUGAGGACCCUGGGAACGCGCUGGGGAGCGUCGAACUCACCAAACCGGGUCGUGUGCUUCUUCUGCUUGGCCGCGGGGACGGCACGCGCCUAGGCGUGCAAAGAAUCAACGAACAUCAAGUAUUUUGGUUUUACUGUGAAAACUGCGGUGCGGCCUCAAAUCAACCAGCAAACAAGUCAAAGGAGCUGCGCAUGCUGCGCGGCUCCGAAACCAAGCAACGCGCCUGGGAACGUGUCUCACGCUCUGUAGCACGUCCACACGGGGUGCUUUGGAAUGCACUUGAACAACUGUUUCGAGAAACUCCAGCGGAAGCCGCGAAUACAUUCGCUUGUGCUGAUCUCUUCCCGCCUGUCUAUGACGGUACGCUGGGGUUCGAUGACGUUCCUGUGGCGCUCGUUGGGGACGCAGCUCAUCCGAUCACUCCGAAUCUCUCACAGGGCGCUGGUCUAGCGUUGGAAGAUGGCUGGAUGUUGGCCAAUCUUUUGGCGGACGCCUACAUUCGCAACGGCAACCGUGAUGAGCAACAAGCGGAGCAGCGGCAGGAGCACUGGAGUGCUCGGGUUCGGCGAAAAUACCGGCAGCGAAGACGCUGGCGAGCUAGCGUACUCGCGCUCCGCUCCCGAGCUACUGGUGCGGUGUUGCAACUCCCGCUGCCGUCCUCAACCCUGGUGACGAUUCGAAACCGCAUUUUGUUGCCACUGGCUCUACAACCUCAUUGGUUCGUGAGCCAUGCAAACUUUUCUGCUAGAGGCUGA